CGGAAAUUACAACAAGUGAGUGAACUGUUGCUCUGCGAAUAAAGUCGCUCUGCGCCGGUUUGUUCCUGCACGUCGGAAGUGAAGUGCGAAAGUAAUUUGUCGGAAUCCGUGAUUUCACCCGAAGGAGCACUACUAUACGUCACUUUGAAUUGUAGCCGAUAAAUGUUUCUCUGAGGAAAAAAGAAAACACACACACACACACACACACACGCCUCGUGUCUGCCCGGACCUCUCGGAGCAUCCUCGCAGAGAGUUGUCCGGCCGGAGUCCUGACCGAGAUGCUGCGAGUUGAAACAUCCGUCUGACUCCUGUUCACCCGAGGAGAAGGUGCAAGACCUCAGUCCAUCUCUGGAGAAUUUCUUUGGACCACUUUUCCUGCAGCGUUCGCAUCCGAGCACCGCAGCACGAAGAGCCACUGACCACGGGGCAGAGAGGAGCGAUCAGGUCUCUCGAUUGCAAGAGAUUGGAUGAUUUGCGGUGAUGCUGCAAUAAAAAUGUUUUCUGCUUCAUCCAAGCUGCAUUUCAAACAAGAGUCCUCAUAUCCAAUGCAAUUUGGCCUGCAUGGCCUUUCUUCAGAAUUUGCCUUGUUAUGACCUGCAACAUAUCUGUACUUUGAAUGGAGGAGUAGACUGCUGAAAGAGAUAAAACCCCGGCUCCCUCAAACAACGGAUGUAUAGAGAGCUGUUAGCCCAUCAACAAAAACACAAACAGAGAGGAAGAAAGACAAGAUCUGGGAUUUAGCAGUUUCCUCCUUCUCCUCGUCUCAUUCCCGGACAGACAAGUAAAGCCAAAGCGCCCUUCCUCGUAUGUGUUGGGUGAGAUGAACUCCAGUGGGAAUGCUGUCGACCCCACCUGACAGCUCUCUGCCUGAGCAACUGAAAGCUUUUCACAGGAGCUUACACAGCUGGGUUAGAAAAUAAAAGUAAAAUAAAAGCUAAACAUUUCAAUUGCGUUGCUCAUUUUUGACAAAUACAUUUAAAUAUUAGUUGUUUUUGCCUUGCAAAGUGAUGUCUCAUCUUUAGAUAAGUGGAAAGCCCUCAUACACAGUGAGCCAGAGGAAACGGAAACAACCAGAAAACAAAUGUACUGAAAAUCAGGAAAUGGAAAAUUGUAUAUGUCAUUCUUCCACAGACUGCUGAUCUUUUCCCCCCUGCUUCUGUCUGAGGCUUGUCUGUCCCUAUACUAGAACAGCCUCCUCUUCUUUUCUCCGCCCAACACAAUCACGCAUCUCCCCUCUCGAUCCUGUAGUUACUUCCUACCCCGAGUUCAGUCUGGCCGGCACAACCAUUCCAGCCAAGGGGGAGGAGGAUUUCCUCACGCUGGCCGCCUCCCGGCUCAGCCGCAAGAAACGCGUCAUCGGGGCUGGAGUUGGCGUGGCCAUGGUCCUGGUCUUGCUGGUGGCCAUUCCCCUAUUGGUCCACACCACCAAAGGGGGAGGGUCCGGAGCAGGGGGCACACAUUAUGAGAGGCUCGGGACCUGCAAGAUGGUGUGUGACCCCCCCCCACAAGGAGAGCUGACAGCCGUCUCCCCUCAGCCCCCAGACUUCCCAAACAGCAAGGGAAAACAAGGGUUUAGAGGGAGCCCUGGACUUCCAGGUCCACCAGGUCCUAAAGGGCCCCCUGGAGAGCCCGGCAAGCCUGGCCCACCUGGUCCACCAUGGCCUGGACCCAGUGGCUACGGCCCCUCUUUCUACAGCCCCAAAAUUGCCUUCUACGCAGGCCUCCGGAAACAACAUGAAGGGAGUGAAAUACUAAAGUUCGAUGAUGUGGUGACCAACGUGGGGAACUACUACGAGCCGAGCACUGGCAAGUUCACCUGUCCUCUGCCAGGUAUCUACUACUUCACCUACCACGUCCUGAUGAGAGGUGGUGACGGGACGAGCAUGUGGGCGGACCUGAAGAAGAACGGACAGGUGCGGGCCAGUGCAAUCGCUCAAGAUGCCGAUCAGAACUACGACUAUGCCUCCAACAGUGUGAUCCUGCACCUGGACGUGGGGGACGAAGUGUGUGUACAGCUGGACGGCGGCAAAGUUCACGGGGGAAACACCAACAAAUACAGCACCUUCUCUGGCUUCCUCAUAUACCCAGACUGACAGUAUACUCAUGUUAAUAUACUCUCUCUCCUGUAAUCAAGCAAAAAGUUUACUCUCCAUUCUGCAUCUAACACGCCAUGCCUCCCUAAUGUAAUUUGUUCAGUACACGAACCAUGAAAUAACAUGAUUAAGUUAAUUUGUGUAAAAAUGAAUAUAGUAUUGUAUAUACUAGCAGUUAACCUUACUUCUGAUACACACGCUUGUGCAAUCUGCGCCACGUACAGUAUGUGUGAGCAUGGCCAAAAUAUAUGAUUAACAUCUGUUUCACAUGCACACAUUCACCUGUACGCGCACACACAGGCGUGCACACGCAAACUGAACUCAUCCGCUACUUAUCAGUUGUUACACCGAGACAAGAUGGCCGUUCUAGCCACCGGUCUGAAAUCGACUGAGAUGAUCUCUGAAUGUAGACUGCAAAUCGAAGUGUGUGUAUUUGGCUGCAGCCUCUCACCUCCACUGCUGUGAGAUGGAUUUCCAAUAUGGCGGUGGACACCAAACGAGAAAAGUCAUGAAUAUAUUGAUCACAGCUGAUAAUACAGCCAACACCACGAUCAUAAUCAGUGUGCUUGUACGUCCGUGUUCAUGCCCGCGUGUAAACACGUGUGUGUUGACUCUUCAGUUUGUGUUGAGGCUUAAAAGCAUCACGUCACUGUCAGUCUGACUUGCACAGUCUCUGACUCCUGUUAAGGGAAUAGGUGUCAAGUUGUCGGUAACAGUCCCUUAACACACACAGUAUAUCGAUAUUGAGGUUUAGCUUCGAGAUUUUCCCUGAGCCAGAGCUUAUGGCAGCGUCUCAUCAUGUCCUGCUAAUGAGCUGAGGCUUCCUCUGCUGCCUGAGUCACACUCGACCCCGGCCUCCGUAGUGGGCAGUAUGGUGAAUAUGACUUCAAUGAAAACAAGUUCAAAUAAAGUUUGACAUUUGUUAAAUGCGCAGCUGUUGCUUUCUUGCCAGGAGCUGGAUGAGAAGGUUGAUACCACUUACAGAGCUGGCAUAUGAAAAAAAGAAGUGUGUAGUGGCUGUGGGGUCAUAUCGGCUUCGAUUAUGGGGAUAUCGACACACAUUCUCAGGCAGUCCCUAGUUGACAUUCAUACUGUUGUACUGUGUUAUUCACAUGAAAAUUGACUGUGUCAAAAAUAAAAAAAACAGAGUUAGGGAGAGAAGUUCAAAACCCUGGAUCUGCACAGUUCGCUAAUCAUGGCAUAAACUAACGAUGACCGUCAGAUUGACAGUCUGGAAAAAUGAUGGCCUUGGUGUGAGGGGAGGGAAGUUAUCUGAAGAAGCGGACUGGCUGCUUUAUACCUUUUGACGGCGCCAGGCUGACUUUUUCCCUCUUUCUAUGCCAGGCUAACCCAACCAGCUCCUGGUUCAUACUUCCCGCACAGACAAGAGAGUGAUAUCACUCCUGUCAUCUAACUCUCUGCAAGAAAAAGAUUGAUCUUAAUUUCCAAGAUGUCAAACCUAACUGAUAGGUUUAUUUAUGGUGAAGGUACCCACCUGAAGAUGUUGUUGUUAACCUUUUACUGCCAUGUGCCAUACCGUAUAGAUUUUCUGUGCCUUACACUUUCUAUUCUAUUUUUUAAUUUUAUUUAAGAUAUUAUUCCGUCUUGAAUCCAAGUUAUACGAACAAGCUGAUCCAUAAUAACAAACAGCUAUCAGGAUUUUUUUUUCUAAUGAAAUCCUCUCCAACACAGACAGUCCAUGCAAAUGUUGAUACUCACUUCAUUAAAAUGCAGAUGUUAACUGAGGACACUUACUGUGAAUCUUAUAUGUGUGUGUUAACUGGUGUUAAAUCACUGCUGUAAAUAAAAGCCCGGGCCAUGUUCAUUCUGUAUGGUGGUGACUGGGGAUGAACAACCAAAGCAUGUGGCUGUGUAAUUCUAAAUUUGCAUCCCGAAAAAUUAUUUUAAAAAAUGUUGAUGUAGCCAAAUUAUUAUAUUCAACAAUCCUAAUUUUCCAAGAUAUUAUGUUUAGAUGGGAUAUAUGUAAAACAAAUUUGAACACAUCUAUUGUAGUUUUAGAAGAGGUGCGCUUCAUAUCGGCCCAAUGAUCUACGUGUUAAACUGUGUGACAGAGACUUUGUUGUCUUGAGUGACACUGAUUCUGCCCUGAGGCCUGAUAGCAUGAUGAGCCCUGAUGAGUUUUGGAUGUGAACUUUCUGAUCGCCUUGUCAUUCUUGUGCUGUGAUUUGAAAAAACAAAAAAACAUCCCGACAUUGUGAAUUAUACACACACAUCCCUGCUGAGUGGCUUUACAUAGCCUCUGUGCCAUGUUGUAUCCUACUGUGUGUGUUUUUGGCGCUGUUACCUUUGUUCAUGAGCAGUAUGGAUUCAUUGUUGUCACUGUGUUUUGCAAGCUGAGUUGUGUGUAUUUGUUCUGUAUGAAAUCAGCCUCGAUUUUUCUCUGCCAUUGACGACCACAUAUCACAAUUUUAAAAAAAUUGGGAUUAUUUUGCUGUAAAAUCAGCGGAGUCUUAAUUUUUCUUUAUUCUCUCCUUGGACAUUACAAUAAAAUCAAGGACUCAGAAGGCA